CCAAUCAAACGCCGACGCUUUGGUUGGUUGCUGGUUGGGACUGUUUUGAUGCGGUUGGCAGAAAUGUUAAGACGGGACAUUAUAAACUAUAAAUAAUUCGACGUGUGUUUUUGUGAAUAGUUAGUCUCUCUCUGUCCGGGUGUGUAAACAACAAUUCCGCAGUAGUUUUCUUGUAUUUUUUUAGACUGACUGCUAUGCUACUUUUUUUUUGUUUUUUAGCUCUAGCCACCAGCUGGCAUGGCGUGAAUUCAACAAACUCACGGAGUCAAUGCCAAGAAUGCGUCGAGCUAACUGGCUGUGAUAUUUGAAUGUGUUCCUCUGGUUAUAAUUAGCUAUGGACUUUAUGUUGUUUAGCCCGCAUAAUUUCCUGUCGUUUUCUUCUGGACCGUACAGAUAAGCUACCACAUUGAGGGCUUCCUCUGAAUCGUCGUUGCAGGCCAGAACGGGCCGAAAUGGAUGCCCCAAUCCCAGCUACCCACACAGACUUCUAACGCUGACAGCAACAACUUCAGGCCACAUACACAAGAACCCCUAUCCGUGGCUUUCUUUAUUUUCUAUGACACACCAAAUUUAUGCCCAGCUAGAUUCGGUGGAAUCGCUCCUGGACGAACUCCCAUAUAUGUUUUAUUUGGGCCUGUUCUUUGUCAACGUCCUGAUCCUCUAUUAUGCCUUCCUGAUGGAGUACAUCGUCCUGAAUGUGGGGAUAGUAUUCCUGCCUGAGGAUAUGGACCAGGCACUGGUGGACCUCGGGGUGCUGUCCGACCCGGCCUCUGUUCCCUAUGAUACGGACACGGAGCUGGAUGUGUUUGAGGGAUAUCUGGAGUGACAAGGCGGACCUGGAAGGAAAAAACGGAAUAAUCAGAUUUUGAUAAUAAUGUUGCUGGGAUCAAGAGGUCAGGCUGGUGCUCCCUGGUCAGCAGUUUGUUGGGAAAAUGCCUCAAAGUGGUUGCUUCUUAAGCUUUUUGUUCAGAGAGGCAUAUCAGGCAAAAAGUUGUCUCGACUUAAAGGCAGGUAGCCUGAGGAUUCAUCACUUGCAGACUUAUGAUCUGUGACUGUUUAAUGAAAAGAGCACUUUGGGAAGGCAUGUUCCCAGCAGAAUAUCAAGCAACCACAAGAGGUUAGCGCUGGCCUCUGCUACCCUCACUUUGGAUACAGCGAAAAUGGAAGCACAGCAUGGUUCAGGAGAACGGAGAGAGACAGCUGUUCCCUUUGGAAGAAAAAGUAAUGUUGCCAGGGAUGUGGAUCUAUCCAGGAACUGGAAGUUCACUCUAAAGGCAAAAUGUGUUUGAAACUUGCCGCAUCAGCCACGGUGUGAUGUCCUACAAUGUGACAUAUGUCAGUAGAACUGGUGAAGUGCAGGAAAACAAUGUCCAAUAAGCGUGAUGAAUACUUAAUCACUCACAGAACAACUUAAGUCACCGUUUUAUCCUCUAAUACAGAAUCCAAUUCUCUCUUAAGAACAUCCUCGCGGAGAUUUGGGUCCACUAACAUCACCCUUACUCUCAGAAGCACAGCUAAGAAUUAUGGAAGCACUGGUGAAGCAUAACACUGUCUCUGGACUGAGGCGGGGAAGAUGUAGGACAUAAAAGUGCCGUAAACUUUUUAAUAUUGUCACUACGCCAUUCACCACAAGUCAGAGAGUAUUAAAGUGUCGAGAAAGAGGUAUUUCUUUAAUGCUAUACCCCUUUGUUUAACCUGCAUCGCUUCAGUAAUUAGGCGAAGUGGUGACCACUGUGAUCACAGCUGGCCAAACCUGUCAAAUGUCUGAAAGGGAGCCUCUAAAGAAAGGCUUCAUUCUUUUCUUUAAAAAAAACAAAAAAACAAUUUACUGAGAGACGAGAUGCAUUAUGCUGACCGUCUUCAGAGGAUUUUGAGUCAGCUGUUUAAUUCCUUGUGUUCUCCUGCUUGUGCUGUCACAAAUUUAGAGCUGCUUUUUAUGAAGUGUAUAUUCUCAACAGCAAUAAUAAACUGGAUUCAAGCAAUGGAUCAGUUACAUAGUUAUACAAAUGAAAUGGUUCACAGGUAACCAUUUCAUCCACGAGCUUGGCCAAUUGUGGAUGGGGAGAAAGUAAAUAUAAAUUGUCUAUAUUUUGCUAGGCAGCUUUUCACAGAGAUUGCUGGUGCUGGUGUUUUCCCUCGUCAGCACUCAAUAUAGGGAGAUAAUAAUCCACAGCCACACUGUGUAAUUAACUAAUAGGGGAAAAAAGGGAUUAAAAAGUCUUGCUGUGAUUCAAGAACAUGGAUGAAAACACAAAGUAAUUCAAGAAUGUUUUUCAGAGAGUUGGCACCAGAGUUUAGCAAAAAGCCGAUCAUUGAUACCUGAUACCAAAUCGUUUUUUAUGUGGAUUAAGGCCUUGGUGAUAUUUUGGUAGUUGUUUUUGUCAAGAUGUCCAUAGCGGAGUUUUUUUGGAGGGUAAACGUGUUUGGAAACAGUAUUUAGAUCACAGGGCACUAAAACUCAGGAUACUAAUAAAAUAUAUAGUAUGAAUACUGUGUGUAUUCCAUACGUUUAUGUGGAAUUUAAUCAAACAGGAACAGAAUCAAUACGAGGUAAGGCUGUGAAUGGGAGAUAAUAUUUAAGGAAGUGUGUAAUCUCGCUGUCUCAUGCUGUAAACAAUUUUAACAGGCGGCUUUCUUUUCAUUGACCAAUGUCAGUACAACAGUGCUUCUUAGUUUUGGUCUGAAAACAGUAGCAUCUGAAGCUGUAACAGAUUUCCUAAUUUUGUACAAAAGUCAGUGGCCAUGCUGUUUCCCAGGCAUGCUACCCUGUUCAGGGCCACCAUCAUCAUCAUCAUCUCGUGGGCAACAUACAACCUGUGCUUGUGUCGUCCCACCGCAUCAGCUUCUUUGCAGACAUGCACAUGCUCAAAUGAACUGUAGAGUUUUAUUUUCCAUUGUGUAUUUAAUAAACUUUGAGCGAA